AGUCCUUUUCGUUGCCUUCUGCUUUUUCAAUAUCUUUUAGUAAGCAUUUUUUCCCCCAGCAAACCACAAACAUGGCCAACUGUUGCAGGCGACAGAGUGGUCUGAUCAGCCCAGAUGGGAAUGCAAAGGGUUAAGGCACAAAGAAAAUAGCCAACCACCGCUUGCACUGCACUUCUACUCUUUAACACGGCAGAAACUAUCACAGACUCUUCAGAUACAAUGGGGACCAAGCUGAGAAUGCUUAUUUCAGCUGUUAUAUUUGUAUCAUGGGUGCUCUCAGCAUCUGGUGCACACUAUCACUCUCGCAGUUAUCACAGGCAGAAGGAUGUAGGACGUAAUGAAGAAAUCAAUGCAAUAGCAAGGAGGAAUAAGAGAGAUGUGGACUACGACAACAACAAUGCCCUUCUGCUUGCCGAUACCCCAGAUGACUCCGGCUCACUCCAGCCUGUGGGGGACCCUUCAGACCUUCCAACUUGUCUACUGUGUGUGUGUCUGACCGGAUCGGUCUACUGUGAGGAGGUUGACCCAGAUAUGACAUCAGUGCCUGCUCUGCCCAAGGAGACAAAUUACCUCUAUGCUCGGUACAACAAGAUAAAGAAGAUAACAGCAAAAGAUUUUGGAGAUGUCGUGACUUUGAAGAGAAUCGACUUCACUGGAAACAUAAUUUCUGAUAUUGAGGAUGGUGCCUUUGCUAAACUCACCAUGCUAGAGGAGCUCUCGCUAGCUGAAAAUCAGCUGGUCAAGUUGCCAAUGCUGCCGGGAAAAUUAACAUCCUUCAAUGCCAAUCACAACAAACUGAAGACUAAAGGCAUCAAGGCAAAUGCUUUCAAGAAAUUGAACAGACUGAUGAAUCUGUAUCUUGCUCACAAUGAAUUGGAGGCCGUUCCUGUAAUUCCAGAGAGUGUCCGCACGCUUCAUCUUCAGAAUAAUAACAUUUCGAUGGUGAGUGUGGACACCUUCUGCAAAAGCAACGACACCUACUACAUCCGCCCCAACAUGAACGAGAUCCGUUUGGACGGAAACCCAGUCAUCCUCGCAAAGUAUCCCGGCUGUUUCACGUGCCUACAGUCUCUGCCAAUUGGGCGAUACCAGUAAAAAAAAGAAUCAAAGAUGGGAUUGCAAUGCGAAAUCCCUGGAUAUUCAAUGAUGAUAACUAAAACCGGGGUGGGAAAGCAAUUCAGUCUCCUGGUGCCUGUGCAGAAUUGAUUGUACAACAGGGUAUGCCAUGCGAUUUUGUUCUAUAUAUAAAUAUAUAUAUAUAUAUGAUUAUGUAACAGCUGCCCUUAGAUUUUCUCUUGAUAUUGACUUAAUAGAAGAAACUGAACUGCAAGUCAAGAAAGAUUAGAAAGAAGUUCAAUAAAGAAUGACUUCAUUCCCAUUGUAAAUAACCCCUAAAGGCUGUGGCAUAGUGAAAUCUGAGUUCAUGAAAAGUCGCAGUCAAGCUUCUAGCAUUCCUCAAAACUCUGUGAAAUUCUGUCACUUGUACUGUUUAAACGUCUUACUUAGCCUGCUAAGUCAAUCAGAAGGUGAGGAACCCAUUCCAGAAAGGAUACCUGACAUCUGGUAUUCCAUGACUUACCUUCUCUGAUUUGUUUGAAUAUUAUUUAUAUACUACAUUUGUAAUUAUUACCUAUGUGUAAAACAUGAAUAGACUGUACAGUAAAACAUUGUAUGAAAAUCAACAUGCUAUGUUCUCUUUAGUUGUUUUUUAA